GCUUCAGGAUCGGAGUCCUCUGAGCUGUCCAGGAUGGGGUUCAUGGAGCCCCGGACCCUCCUCCUGCUGCUCGCGGGGGCCCUGGCCCUGACCGAGACCCGGGCGGGCUCCCACUCCCUGAUGUAUUUCCACACCGCCGUGUCCCGGCCCGAACUCGGGGAGCCCCGCUUCAUCUCCGUGGGCUACGUGGACGACACGCAGUUCGUGCGCUUCGACAGCAACGCCGAGAACCCAAGACAGGAACCGAAGACAUCGUGGAUUCGGCAGGUGGAACCCGAGUACUGGGACCGGAACACGCAGAUCUCCAAGAACAACGCACAGUUUUACCGCGGGAGCCUGAACACCCUGCGCGGCUACUACAACCAGAGCGAGGCCGGCUCUCACACCUUCCAGCACAUGUAUGGCUGCGAAAUCGGGGAGGACGGGCGCCUCCUCCGCGGGUACGGGCAGUGGGCCUAUGAUGGCAAGGACUACCUCGCCCUGAAUGAGGACCUGCGCACCUGGACCGCGGCCGACAUGGCGGCUCAGAACACCAAGCUCAAGUCGGAGGCAGCGGGUGCUGCUGAGCACUACAGGGCCUACCUGGAGAGCACGUGCGUGGAGUGGCUGCGCAGACACCUGGAGAUGGGAAAGGACACUCUGCAGAGAGCAGACCCACCCACAGCACAUGUGACUCACCACCCAGUCUCUGACCAGAAGGCCACCCUGAGGUGCUGGGCCCUGGGCUUCUACCCCAAGGACAUCACACUCACCUGGCAGCGGGAUGGGGAGGACCUGACCCAGGACACAGAGCUGGUGGAGACCAGGCCUUCAGGGAACAGAACCUUCCAGAAGUGGGCAGCUGUGCUGGUGCCUUCUGGAGAGGAGCAGAGAUACACGUGCCACGUGGAGCAUGAGGGGCUGCCUGAGCCCCUUACCCUGAGAUGGGGUAAGGAGUACGGGAGAGAUGGAGUCUCCAGCAAUAGUGGGAAUGAGACCAGGAGUCAGAGCCCCUUUUUGUCCCUUCCCCUCUCAGAGCCUCCUCAGCCCACUGUGCCCAUGUGGGGAGUCAUCGCUGGCCUGGUCCUCCUGGCAGCUGUGCUCAUUGGAGCUGUGGUCACUGCUGUGAUGAUGAAGAGGAAGCGCUCAGGUGGGAAAGGAGGGAUCUACACUAAGGCUGCAGGUGGAGACAGUUCCCAGGGCUCCGACUCCUCUCUGAAAGUUUGAAAGUGUGAGACAACAGCCUUGUUGGGACAGACCUGCUGAAGUCCCCAUCUUGGUUUUCUUCAAAAAGCCCCACCCUCCCUUCCUGCCAAGGCAGCUGAGUGUGUUCCUGUGGGCACAGUGUGAGGUGGGAGCCUGGCCCUCCCAGCCCAGCACGGGCACCUCUGACCCUGUCUCAAGUCAGAUGCAUCUGCUGCAGCUUCAUCCUACACUGUGCAAUUCAUUUUUAACAAUUCCAAUCACCAGGUG